AUGAAAAAAAAUGAAAAGCGAAAAGUAAAAGAAAAAAAUACACCUCUCAAAAAUAAAUCUGAUUGUUCACAGAUGUCCUUGUUCAGAAACAAAUAUCCCAAAGAAGAUUUUGAAAAUAUGGUUAUCUCUGAACCAACUGAUUUUAGACAAAUUAAUCAUGCCACUAUAGAGUCAAAUGGACAGGUUAACAUAAACUCUAUCCCAUCAGAAUGGAAAUUGAAUUUACGAAAAGCAGGUAUUCAUAAGAAAGAUUUGAAAGAUGAAAAAACACGUACAGAAAUUUUCUCAUUGCUUUCUAAAAAUGAUAAACGAGCACCUUCUUCUACCCAUGGAACAUUACCACCACCUCCUCCUGGAAGAAAACCACCAACAAGUUCAUCUGGUAAACAAGUUCCUUCUCAUAAACCACCUGCACCUCCAAAUAAAAAAUUACCAACACCACCUCAAGGAAAAGGAAAACCUAUACCACCACCAAGGCCUGGUAACAGAGACGCACUUUCUCAUCAUCAUUCAGAUGUGCCACUUCCUCCCUCACCACAUGGGGAAGCACCACCACCUGUUCCUCCACCAAGAGGAGGUGCACCUGCAUUGCCACCACCUAGAAGAGGAACAAAGAAUGUACCACCUCCACCACCACUUGACCCAAAUGCUGUUACUCCUACAUCAACAACUCUAAGUGGUCCUUCUCUUGCAGAACAAUUACAAGCAAAAAAGAAUGACCUUAACUCUGUUCCAGUAGAAGACAAUACCCUAGCUCAACAAGAAGAUGAUAUUGUUGGUGCUUUAAGAGGAAUUAUGAUCAAAAGAAGAGAAGACAUGAAUAUGGUUGAUAAUGAAGAAGAAGAAGAGGACGAGGAAGAUGAUUGGAGUGACUAA